GCUGCGCUCUCAGCUAGGCCUUACGCCCUCUCCCCUAUGGCAGCAGGAGGUGGCCCUGGGGGCCAAGGUGUGCUUGGUCCUCGAUGGGCCCCUUUGCUUCUCUCGCUGGAAGCAGGCUCUUUGGUGCAACCCUCUCCCAGUCCAGGUCCGGCCUAGGUCAGGCCCCCACCCACUCCUGCGCCCCAAACUCGGGGGGCCCGCACGCGGCAGGCACGGCGGCGGGCGGAGCGGCAGAGGCUCGCAGGUGGGAGGAAGGCAGGCGGGGACGCGGGAGGUGGAGGGAGACGCCGGGCAGGCUGCCGCCCCUCCCCACUGCCUGCCUGCGCGCCGCCGGCGACAUUGCCCCUCCUGGGCAGGGGGCGGAGAAGACGGCGACGGGAGGGGAGGAGGCGGCGGCGGAGGCGGGAUUUGGAGUUUCCCUCCGCAGCGGCGGCGGCGGCCCCCUCGGCUCCAGGCGAGGCCGCCGCCCGAGGCUCCGGUGGCGCUCCGUGGCAGCAGCGGUGGAGCUUCCCGCCGCCCGGGCUUCGGAAACUUCCCGGCCGCGACGCGCGGAGCUGGCACAGGAAGCCGAGCGGACCGGAGCGCCAGCAGCCCCACGUGCCGGGAGCCGGGAGCCCAUGGAGGGUCUGGGCCGCUCGUGCCUGUGGCUGCGCCGGGAGCUGUCGCCCCCGCGACCGCGGCUGCUGCUCCUGGACUGCCGCAGCCGCGAGCUGUACGAGUCGGCGCGCAUCGGCGGGGCGCUGAGCGUGGCCCUGCCCGCGCUGCUGCUGCGCCGCCUGCGCCGGGGGAGCCUGUCAGUGCGCGCGCUCCUGCCUGGGCCGCCUCUGCAGCCGCCCCCGCCCGCCCCGGUGCUCUUGUACGACCAGGGCGGGGGCCGGCACCGGCGCGGGGAGGCAGAAGCCGAAGAGUGGGAGGCUGAGUCCGUGCUGGGCACCCUGCUCCAGAAGCUUCGGGAGGAAGGCUAUCUGGCCUACUACCUACAGGGUGGCUUCAGCAGAUUCCAAGCCGAGUGCCCUCACCUGUGUGAGACCAGCCUCAGCUGUGGGGGCCCAAGCACAGCCCCGGUGCCCAGCCCAGUGGUGGGGUUGGGUGGCCUGUGCCUGGGCUCCGACUGCUCUGAUGCGGAAUCUGAGCCCGACCGUGACACCAUGAGCUGUGGCCUGGAUUCAGAGGGUGGCACGCCCCCCCCAGCGGGGCUGCUGCCCUCCUUCCCCGUCCAGAUCCUGCCCAACCUCUACCUGGGCAGUGCCCGAGAUUCGGCCAAUGUGGAGAGCUUGGCCAAGCUGGGCAUCCGAUACAUCCUCAAUGUCACCCCCAACCUCCCUAACCUCUUCGAGAAGAAUGGUGACUUUCACUACAAGCAGAUCCCCAUCUCAGACCACUGGAGCCAGAACUUGUCCCAGUUCUUUCCAGAGGCCAUUGCGUUCAUUGAUGAGGCCUUGUCCCAGAACUGCGGGGUGCUCGUUCACUGCCUGGCGGGCGUCAGCCGCUCUGUCACCGUCACCGUGGCCUACCUCAUGCAGAAGCUCCACCUCUCACUCAACGAUGCCUACGACCUGGUCAAGCGGAAGAAGUCUAACAUCUCGCCCAACUUCAACUUCAUGGGGCAGCUGCUGGACUUCGAGCGCAGCCUGCGGCUGGAGGAGAGGCGCGCACAGGAGCGGGGCAGUGGGGGGCAGGAGUCGGCCGCCUCCGACCCGCCCUCCUUCUUCACCACCCCCACCAGCGACGGUGUCUUUGAGCUGGACCCCACAUAGGGCACCGCCCUGCCCCCCAGUGGGUGCUCUGGACCACCUAUGUGCUGGGGGGGAGGCGGGAGCGGGCUCAGCUGUAAGCAGGGGGGAUUGGGGGGAGCACAAUACCUCAUGCGGGGGCUGUGGGAAGAGGCAGGAGCGGGAGCCCCUCCAGGGUGGCCGCAGGGAGAGACCUGUCCUGCCCACUUGAAACAUCCACAGGAAUCCUAUUAAACGUGCCUAUGGGCCGGGCCCGGGGCCACCGGCCUGCCCUGCGCCACUUUCAGGCGGAACCAUGCUCCA